AUGAAGCUUCGACCGAGCAGGGUGGUGUACAGGCUCAUCUCGACGAAUGAGCGAGUCGGUUGGAAGAGGUCCUUCGUGAGCUGCCCCCCUGUUGGGAAGCCGCUUAAUGUGGGCGGCAAGCAGGUCACCACCCCCCACCAGGGCAGUCUUCUGCCAGCCUGGAAGGAAGAAGGGAAUAGCAAUUCCAUCCGAAGAGUAACAACCAGCAUUGGUAUCGGUGCCGAAGUGAACGUCUGCAUCAGCGCCGAAGUGAACGUGUGCAUCACUGACCGGUUUGGUCCCCUCUCCCACGCGCUCCGAAAGGGAGUACCCCUAGGGGUAACCCAGCUUUGCCAAGCCAAGGGGAGGAACCCCCUUUGCGCAGUAUACGCGAGGAAGAAAUUUUCCACAAAGGUGCCGAGGGAUGAUAAACAGGCGAGCAACAACGACUCCCUCAAGGGGGGGGCAGCCACAGGGGGAAAUUCCCCUCAAGUGUGCAAAGCGGAACAAGGGGAUCACCAAGAGAAGGCAGAAGAAAGCCCUUUCGAAGGUGAUCACUCCCCUGCCCACCGCGCUAAUAACACCACUUUGCAAGGGGGGGAAGACUACACAAACGUGAUCCAAAUGAUGAAAAAAAAAAAAAUAAAAAACAGCGAAAAGGAGAGGGGAAAAAUUGCAAAGCUGUGCAAAAAAGGAUCCAACGGAAUGAAACUAAUUUAUACCUUCAUAAAAAAGGCAGGAGAGCAAAUAAAAAUAAUAAUCGUACAGCCAUCCAUACUAAAGAUAUAUUUUGCCGAUUUAAGGAAAAACAUAAAACACACAGUGGUGUGGGUGAAAACAGGAGUUCUGCUAUUCCUCACGAACAUGAAAAUUUCCAAAAAUUUAAUUAUAAAAAGGUUAAAGGGACACAGGCUGUCGUACUCAGAAUACAAGUUGCUAAUUCGGACCAUGAAUGACAUGUUCAAAUUAAUUCCCUUUUCUUUCUUCAUCAUUGUGCCAUUUGCGGAGUUUUUACUUCCCCUGUUUUUAAAAAUUUAUCCCAAUUUAUUACCCUCCACUUUUAAAAAUAAUGAUGAUAAUUUUGUUAAUAUAAAAAAAAAUUUGUAUGCAAAACAGCAGCUAGCCAAAUUUCUGCAACAGCUAAUUGAGGAGAAAGAAAAACAGCUAAAUGAAAAUAUUGGAAUUGACUCGGAAAAAAAAAAAAAAAUUUUAUUGAAAUUUCAUCAACAGCUAAUUAGUAAAGAUGAAAAAGAUGUUAACCCCUUUUUAAGUGUAGGGGACACUUUAAAAAUUGCCAAAAUUUUUAAGGAAGAUUUUGUAUUAGAUCAAAUGAAUUUAAAAACGCUGCAAACCAUUUGUCACCUGCUGGGACUGAAGCCUUACGGAAUGCAUUACCACGUCGUGCUCCAACUCAGGCACCAUUUUUUGCGCCUGCAGAGGGAAGACAGGGAACUCAUGUACGAAGGGGUAGACAACUUAAAAAAACACACACUUAUAGAGAUAUGCAAAGAUAGAGGAAUGAAUUUUAACACCUCCGAGGAGGAGAUGAAGCUGCAAAUUCAGCAGUGGUUGGAGCUAGCCAGCAUUAAGGAAGUCCCCUACAUUUUGCUCCUCUACAUCCGAUGCGUUGUCGUUACACAUGCCAUCAUGGAUAUACAGGAUAAGGAGAAGGUCGGCACUGCGGCCAUGGAGAGAGACGCCAAAAAUGCCACCCUUGAUGAUAAGCAGAAACUUAUACAGGAGGCCAAGGAAAAAUUGGACGACUUAAAAAUGAAGGAGCAGGAAAUUAAAAAAAACAUUAACAAGGAGACGAGCGAAGAGGAAGGGGAGGUCGCUCCCCCCCACAAGGACCCCAAAAUUAAGAUAGAUUUCCUCAAGAAGAACAAGUACCUGCAGAAUGAGCUGAACCUUUUGAAGCAGAUCUGCGACUUGCAGCACACGGAGCUGAAGAUCGCCUUCACGUCGCUGACCGACCUCGCGGAGAAGAAGCAGACCUGCGACAUCAACGAAGUGAUAAAGAAAAUGUCGGAGAGGCUCCUCGACAUCGAGAAGCACAUCAGCGAGUUGAAUGCACACAAGCAGGUCGAAAUGGAUGAAUAUUUCUACCCAGAAGAAGAAAAAACCGACGACGUCGUGAACAUAAAGAACUGA